AUGGGUAACCAUGACUGGAUUACAAAGUUUGCCGGUCUUCGCUUCUUCUUAACCGGUUGUGAAACGUAUUUUGUUGCACCCACUGCAUGGACUUAUAUCAAAUUCCUGCACCAAACCGAAAUUUUUCUGGCUUUGGUGUUGUCUGCAUACAACUUUGGUGCUAUUUUGGCUGGACCUCUGUCUGGAUACCUAACAGAUCGACUUGGAAAUCCUCGGUUUAUCUUUAUUUGCUCAUGUAUAACAAAAGUGUUGGCUUAUGUGAUGUAUAGUAUUAAUCUGAGUGUGUAUUUUCCGCUUUUUGGAAGACUGAUAAGUGGAUUAAGUGAUGUGGGCCUUACAGUUCUUCUAGGACAAAUUGCAUUGCAGCCCAACAAAGAAAGUCGUGCGAGAUACUUUGUACGCGCAGAAGGUGCAUAUUGUCUAGGUGCUACAUUUGGUCCAGGACUUGGAAGUUUUAUUACAUUUCGGGCCAAUAUACUUGGUUGGCAAAUAAACGAGGGCAAUUCACCUGGGAUUGUAUUAACAAUAAUAUGGCUUCUUUUCCUUAUUUUUUCCCUACUCUUACCCAACGACAUUUGGAUAGCGACCGGUGCUCGCAAUAUGGAACUGAAUUCAAUUUCCAGUGAAGACGAAACCGAUGAAACAUCGCAAAGUGAAUGUAAUCAAGAGCAACGAUUGAUCGAGAAGAAGCUGAGCAUAAUUUUAUGGGAUUCGAGAGUGUUUUGCCUACUCUUUCUUAUAUUCUGCAGCGAGACAUUGUCAAGUACAUCUACUUUCUUGGUUCCAGUACUUGCAUCGGAUCAUUUUCAUCUACAACUGAUUCAUACCAAGUUGUUGUUCUUGAAUUGUACCCUGUUUACACUGCUAGUAUUGAUUUGUAUUCAUCAAGCUUUGCGAUAUAUUGAAGAACGAAAGCUCUUUGUAAUUGCGUUAUUGAUGCAAAUUAUUGCCCUCUCAUUUCUCACGUCUUUGGCUUUCUCCUGGAAUCAAGUAACGGAUGUUCAAUGGUAUAUUAUGCUUUUAUACAUUUGUCUAGGUAUGCCAUAUUUUGCAUUUCCAUUAGGAAAUUCAAUUCUUUCAAAGAUCAUCGACCCUCGGAAUGCAACAUUUAUUCAAGGUUUAUCAUUCGGAAGUCUGCAAUCGGCCAUUGUAAUAAGUCGCGUUGUGAUUAGUUUCGUGUUUACGAAAAUGAGCUUGCUGUGUUAUUGCUUUGGUAUGUUUAUCCUUUGGUUAGCAGGUAUUAUUUGGUAUGGUACACUAUAUAAAAGAAUGGUUCCAAACGUUUGA